AUGGCCCCCUCUGCGUGCCUCGUCGUGGCCCUCAUCGUGGCCCUGUUCCUCACCUGCUCAGGUGUGCAGACCUCAGACGCGACAGAGAUGGAAAUGGCCUUCCGCCAGAGAAACGAAGAUUCUCCGAGCGACGAGGUCGAGUUCCUCAGGAAACGAGCGUCGAACCUUGGAAGCAGAUUGAUGUGCAGGCUGGAUAGUCGGAACUGUGGAGCGUUCAACAUGGGUAAGAAAUUCGGCGGCUACUCGUGGCUGCGGUCCGCUGACAGUACGCGGCGCAGGUUGGAGUACUUCCUCGGAAACAAGUGGCAACGGGACGCCGAUUCACUGGGGCAGUUUCAGAAUGGCGAUGCUGACGAAUAUUGGCAACCCAACAACUGACAAACCGAAGUGACAUCUGUCGACAUCAUCUCAUAAUAGUGCUCUAGAAACAGGCUCAUUUUCGUCCAUGUUACAAACAGAAGAUAUGAUCAUGUAUAUUAUAAAGCACGUACGUGUUGUGUUUGAUUAAUUGAAUGUAAUAUGUUUAUCCCAUAAAGACCCCAAUAGUUUAGUAUAA